AUGCCUUCCACAACACAAAUUUUGAUCGCGCUUGCACUCUCUGCAGGGAUUGUUGCAGAGCCAGAUUCUAGGACCUGGGACCUAGCCUACUUCGACUGCCCCAUUGAGUGUGCACCCAGCACUGAUCCUACUCCUGGGCAAUGGAGCGUAUACAGAGGCUUCGAGUCUCUUGCAUUUUGCAACAAGACCAUGUUACUAGACUUUUCGAUCUACAACGAAAGUCCUUUUGUCAGUGUACAUGCUUGCCAGGUUACAGCCGACUCUCAAACCUCUCCAACGACGAAUACGAACGCCGUGGACGCAUCAUAUUCUGAGGAGAGUCUCAAGUUCGAGGUUGGUUGGUGGGGAACCGCCACCUCCAAAAUCUCAGAAGGGACCAGGCAGGCUCUAAAUCAAUUGAAGGUGUCUGUCUUGAACUCAAAAAGCAACUCCUCUAAAUCUGAGUUUACCUACUCUGGAGGUUCGAUUGGUGGCAUAUUCGUUGGGUCGGACGUUGAAGUCUCCGACGUAUCAACCAACGUCUUGCAGAAGUUCAUUGACGACCUCGAUACAAAUCUCAUGCCUAGCCGAAUAGUUUUUCAAUUCUGUGGUACCGACUCCAGUCGCGGACUGGGUCUUGCUAUUGAUACUACUGGUGAUUUCACCGGGUUAACAGAGAUCAUGCGCGGCUGGGAUGAAUCAAGAUGCGCGGGGGGCUUUGACGGAACGCGUAAUCUGUCGCAGUCUGUGAAAAUGAAGACAUUGCCUCAAAUUACCCCUGGUAGCUCAGCAUCCAAGAAGAUUCAUCACAGCUCACCCACCGGGCACAACUCAUUACAUCACAAAUCAUUACACCACCGUUCAACUUGCAAGACAACACAAGCCCAGGGUGGCGACAGCUGUAGCAGCAUGGCAACGAGAUGCGGCAUCAGCUUGGACGAAUUUUACAAGUACAACCCUGACAAGAGCCGUUGUUCUCCUGUGAUAGUUGGCUCAUACUUUUGCUGUGGUGCCGGGAAUCUUCCUGACUUGUCACCAAAGCCCAACGCUGAUGGCACAUGUGCAAGUUACUACGUCCAGAAAGAUGAUUCAUGCUCCAAGUUGGCUGCUGCCAAUGACCUCACCAUCAAAGAUAUUGAGAACUACAACAAGAAUACAUGGGGUUGGAUGGGUUGUGGAGACCUUCAAGCACAACUCAAUAUCUGUCUAAGCUCCGGAGAUCCACCGAUGCCUUCCCUGUAUGGGAAUGCAGUAUGCGGUCCACAGGUUAACGGUACCAAAAGACCGACCGAUGGCACACCCCUUUCUGAUCUGAACCCAUGUCCGCUAAACGCCUGCUGUGAUGUAUGGGGCCAGUGUGGUAUUACUUCUGACUUCUGCACAAAGACCAACUCCACAACUGGUGCUCCUGGGACAGCCAAAAAUGGGACUAAUGGUUGUAUCUCAAACUGCGGUACAGAUAUCGUAAACAACGAUGAUCCUCCAAGUGAAUUCCUCUCGAUUGGAUACUUCGAGGCAUUUGAUCAGGAGCGCGAAUGUCUAAACAUGGACAUAACGAAUUUUGAUAUCGGAUCCUAUAGCCAUUUGCACUUUGCCUUUGCCUCAAUCACAACAGACUAUGAUAUCAACGUCACAACCGUUCAAGACCAGUUCGAUAAGCUCAAGACCCUGAGUGGCGUCAAACGUGUCCUUUCGUUUGGCGGUUGGUCCUUCUCAACAGAUGCUGACUCCUUCCCGAUCUUCCGCAAAGGUGUAUCAGAUGCCAACCGGGCGCUUUUUGCCAAAAACGCCGCUAAUUUCAUUAUUGAUAAUGGCCUUGAUGGUAUCGACUUUGAUUGGGAGUAUCCAGGUGCCCCUGAUAUACCUGGAAUUCCUCCCGGUGAUAAGGGGGAUGGUGAUCGCUACCUGGAGUUCUUAAAGCUGGUUCGCAAGAAUUUGCCUGAUAAUAAGUCUCUCCCUUGCGGUGCCCGCAUCGUUCUGUGGGACUACGGACAUCAAUAUCCGGACCCUGGAUGUAAGUCUGGAGCUUGCCUUCGAUCGCAUGUCAACUUGACCGAAACGACAAGUGCUUUAUCCAUGAUUACAAAGGCGGGGGUUCCGGGGUCAAAAGUCAUCGUUGGUAUGGCUAGCUACGGUCGUUCAUUCGAAAUGACUGAAGCGGGCUGCACAGGACCAAACUGCAAAUAUACAGGUCCACAAUCGGGUGCCACUCCAGGAAGAUGCACUAAAACGGCAGGCUAUAUAGCCAACGCUGAGAUCAAUGAGAUUAUUGAUACCAACGAUUCCGCUGAGAAGAGCUUUGACAAAGGAAGUGACAGCAACAUCUUGGUAUAUAAUCAAACUCAGUGGGUGGCAUAUAUGGACGAUACUACCAAGGAUACCCGGACCUCUUAUUAUAAGGGGCUGAACCUAGGUGGUACGGUUGACUGGGCUGUUGACUUACAAUCAUUCACCGACGAUUCUGGAGGCGGCGGUAAUUCGUUAGACCAGCAGAUUUUCUAUGUCGAUCCAUCUGUUUGGGAAGACGACAAUCCUGCAAUGAACUGCGAGGCCCCUUGUGUUUUGGUUCUUCCGCCAUGGCCCUUCGCACCAGGCUCUGUUUAUCAUCGUCCACCUCAUACCACCACUCUUGACGUGGCUUGGAGCGUAAACGUCGAUGUGACAGGCCCCAAUGGGCAUGUGACACCAACCCCUACUGUGUCGCGCGUUCUGCAAAAAACUACUAUCUAUCCGCCUGCUGGAAAUUUGACUUUCGUACCCAUUCCUCGCCUGCCUGAGCAAGUUGUUGUUAUCGCAGACGAUCCAAAUCCCUUGUCUCAAAGUGGCGUUACCCAUUCUAAAGUAACGCGAAGUGUGACUUUGCCCCCUUGGCCACACAUCACGGAUCUUUAUAUACCAGAAGAUGUUGAAAAUGGCAAGGAUAAUGACGACGACGACGAUGAAGAUGAUGAAGGCAGUGGUUCCGACAGUGACAAAGAUCAAUUUCCGAAACUGCCUAAAGUCACUGUGACUCACGGAAAGGGAGGCCCAGGGCCAUGUAAGAGUGGUUGUGGAACUCUUUGCGUGGGUCUAUUCUGUGCGGGUAGCCAUGGUGGCUCGGGUGGAGGAUCAUCUUCUCCUGAUUUUGAUCCGGACUUCGCUGAUCCUAUCGAUCCUGAUCCACCAGCUGACCCUAAUGACCCCGACGAGUCCGAAACAGGUGAUCCGGAGGACCCUGAUGACCCAGAUGACCACACCACCACAACAAGCUGCAGUGCAUCCAUGGUCACUGAUUUCUGGGUUUCCUGUGCAACCAGCGGGACUUCGUCAACGUCGUGUACCACAACAAGCAGCAUGAUCGAAGUGGGAUGCGAUAUCACUGCUGUCACCAGCACGACAGGAGUGCCAGUGUGCUAUUCUCUAGAUCCAUAUGAGGAUCAGGGUCAAGACGGCGCGCUGGGUGCGAUGUCAACUGUUAGCCUUACGCCUGUGACGAGUCCUGGGGCACCUUCCGCAACUACAACCACUGCUGAACAUACGACAAGUACAACGAAAAGUUCUGCCACCACAACAUUCAGCCCCACAGGGUUACCCGACGGUGAGGACGCUGAGUUGACUAUCAUGGCGUACGAAGAGAUUGAUCAAGGAAGGUCGACAUGGUACUGGGUUGGGGAUAUUAUAUCAUACCGGGACGCUUCUAAUGAGGAUGAUACCUGCAAUGGUGAUCAUUGCGUUCUCCAGGGGUUUAGGG